UUAUUAUCAAUUUAUCACUACUUCAACUAAAGUUAAGGAAAUCUUUAAUUUUUUUUUAUAAGUAAAUAAAGAAAUAAAUAAUAAUAAUAUGAAUGUUACAUGUAUCUCUGAUCUUAUAGAGCUGCUUGUAGGGGAUCAGAAUCUGUAAGCUUAAUUGUAUCAUUUUGUUUUUUUUAUUUUUAAUUUUCUACAAGAAUUGAAAUGAAACCCUUUUGAUCUUUCACAUGGCAAACAUCUAGGCUGUGCUCAAGAAACCAUUGCUCAUGAUUUAAGACCUGUUUGAUAACACUCAAUCUUGAUUCUGCGGAUGUCUAUGUGGCAACAAAACAAAAAGAGAGUAGAAUUCCGUUUGACAAAUCCGAUCUGAUUUCAUGUGCCCAGAGAAUAGACCAACUCCCAAUCCAAAUGCCCUCCAAAAUCAGUAUAGGCCUGUUCCGAAACAAGCGAAAGUUCGAACUUUCGAACAAGGACUUACGAAAUAAAGGUUUUUCCGUUAUUUUCGUUGAAGCUCGACUGCUCUACUUCUCCUCAAACCCUAAAAAAGGUUGAUUCCUAGCAAGUGCAUUUCAGAGUGUAGAAACAAUGGCUACUACUUCAAACAAUGACCGUGAGUCUACAAAAUGGACAAAAGAUGAAAUAGAUGCUUUUGUAAAAUGCAUGGUUGAGGAGGUGACGAAAGGGAACAAGACCACCAGUACUUUCAAUGAGGCAGGGUGGAACAAUAUUAGAACCCAGCUUGAGGCUGCUGUUGGGCAUCCAUUUAAAAUGUUAGAGCUCCAAAAUGAAAUGAACAAACUCAGAAUGGAUUAUAGCAGUUUCAAAAAACUGUUGGAAACAUCAGGCUUUGGCUGGAAUUCAGUGACUAGGACUUGCACAAUAGAGGAUGAUGGUGUCUGGGAAAGGCACAUUAAGGAAAACCCAAGCUGGUCAAGAUUGAUUAGAAAUGGACUACCCCAAUGGCCUGAGUUGCAGAUAAUAUAUGAUGAUUAUUAUGCAAGUGGGGCUGGAGGAGUUGGAAAUGCUCAGGAUUGCAACUUAGAUGAGGGGGAUGCAUUUGAUAGGGGUAUGAGUAAAUCUGAUGUGGGUAUGGAUGAAUCUGAUUCUGGGAAUGCUGACAAAGAUGGGGAUGCCCUUUCAGUUAUCCACGAUCACAACUUAGAUGAGGAUGAAUCUGAUAUGGGUAUGAGUGAAUCUGAUAUGGGUAUGGAUGAAUCUGAUGCUGGAAAUGCUGACGGUGAUGGGGAUGUCCUUUCAGUUACCCACCGAUUUGACAGGAUCCCAAAUGCCUCGAGGAAGAGGAGUAGGACUACAGAUCUCGCAGAGGCCAUGAGGGACAUGUGUGAUGUAUCUCAAGCCAGUAUGGAGUGGUACACCAAAUUCUCAGCUCUAUACCCUGGUUUUGGGAGUACAGACUACAGCUUGAGACAGUGUAUUCAAGUGUUGGAUGCUAUGCCAGAGAUUGGGAAGGAACUGUAUAUAAAGGCAGUAAUGAAGAUGGUGGGUAAUGAACAAUUGAGAGAGGCUUUCCUUUGUAUUCCUACAGAAAAGAAAAUUUGGCUUCUGGAGCGGCUGGAAUGAUAAGUUGUUUCUCUCUAGAGUAGUGGAUGGUUUCAUUUUAGUAUUGCUGAAAGAUAUAUAAGCACUGGUGUUGAAUUACUUGUUGGUAACUUGGAUGUUAGUUCUAUGAUGUUUAACUGUAUAUUUUUUUUUGCAGUAUUAUUUGGAUGGAUGGAUGGUUGGUAUACA